CAGCCCCCCGCGGCCCCCCGCAGCCGUCCCGGGAGCCCAUGAGCGGCCGCCCCCGGCUCUGGCAGCCCCGGCUCUGGCAGCCCCCCGCAGCCCCGGGGCCAUGCACUGCCAGCCGCAGCCCCGGCUCGCCGCUCCCGGCCGCGCCAAGGCAGGCAGGAGGCGCUACAAGACCUUCAUGAUCGACGAGAUCCUCUCCAAGGAGACGUGCGACUACUUCGAGAAACUUUCCCUCUAUUCCGUCUGUCCGUCCCUCCUGGUCCGGCCCAAGCCGCUGCACUCCUGCGCGGGGUCCCCUUCUCUGAGGGCAUAUCCUCUCAUCUCCGUUAUCACCAGGCAGCCCUCUGUGGUCCCUCACCUUGUGCCAGCUGCCACCAGCUCCCGUGUGCUGCCUGCCCAGGCCUCCUCAGGGACUGCAAGUUCGGAGACCCCAGCCAGUGAGACCCAUGCCAGCAGUGAGUCGGAGGCAGAGCAGCCCACACCUCGGUUAAAAAAGCCACGCCGGAGUAGGACCAUCUUCACAGAGCUCCAGCUAAUGGGCUUGGAGAAGAAAUUCCAGAAGCAGAAGUAUCUGUCUACCCCUGACAGGCUCGAUUUAGCCCAGUCAUUGGGGCUGACUCAGCUCCAGGUGAAGACGUGGUACCAGAACCGCAGGAUGAAAUGGAAGAAAAUGGUGUUGAAAGGCGGGCAGGAAGCUCCAACGAAGCCCAAAGGCCGUCCAAAGAAAAACUCCAUUCCCACCUCAGAGGAAAUUGAAGCAGAAGAGAAAAUGAACAGCCAGGCUCAGAAUCAGGAGCUGGAGGGAUCUCAAGCCCCUGAGGAACCUAAAGUGACAGAGGAGAAGCCAGAAGGCUCUUCAGAGACAGAGAAGUCUCCAGAACAUAUACCAGCACCCUCCUCAGAGGAGGCUACACCAUUAAGUUAAAAGGGAAAGAACGAAGGGAAAGGGGGGAUAAAAAGAGAAAAGAAAAACCAAAACCAAAUAUAUAUAUAUGUGUGUAUAUAUAUAUAUAUUUAAAUAUGUAUGUAAUUGUGUGUGUGUACAUAUAUAUAUAAAUAUAUAUAUAUGUAGACCUUGUGUAUAAGUCGAAAGAUUUGUCACUUUGUGCCUUUGGGAAUCAGCCAUCAUGGGCCACAGUGGAACAAAGACAUCCUGUGUGAGUGGUGAUGACCUGUCUCUCUGGUGGCGUGUGUACGCCUUCCCACAGAUAGUGACGGAGUUCCAGAGAAGCUGGACGUAUUUCCAGAGAAAACUGCAUCUAGAAACCUGAGACAGCUCCUGGCAAAUAAAGGAGAAGGCCAGGGCUCCUUUCCGGCUGCGUGAGGCAAAUGUGUAGUGAUAUGACUGUUGGAGGGUUCAGUGUGUUCGCUUGGCUUUAUCCUUGCCUUUUAGUAGUGCAAAUGGACAGAGGACUUGGUCUGGUCUCAGACCAGGGACAGCUAAUAAAAUGGGAGCUGUGGUAGCACCAUUUCAUCAUGUAACCAGCACUUGUUUCUGUAAGUGAUGGGCCCAACUUCAACAUUUUUAGGAAAGAGUUCAGACCCAUGGGUUUGCUUUGGCCCCGUAUAAAGAUCAAAGCUUCUGAAGAGAGAUUGAUAGCUGGGUCAGCGUUCAGAUUUCAUAUCUCUUGGUUAUUUGGGUGCCGUGUCUGUGAAUUUGCAGUGAUCCAGGAUAAAACUUCGAAUGAGAUGAGGAUUUGGAUUUGAGUCUGCUCCAAAAGGUUUGGGAUGCUUGGAUCUGGGAUUUUUGCUUUGGGCCCACUUCUAAUUUUUGUAAGGUUUUUAAAGAGCAUUUAAAUGUUUCCAGGGUUUGGGGAGAAGAAUGGAUUUAAGAAGUUGUUGCAGAAAGUUCGUGUUUAAGAUGUGUGCCAAGAACAGAUGUGCAUCAUGUUUCAUAAAGUCUUGUUAAGGGUGCAUUUUGCCCAAAGGCUGCAAGAGAUGUAUUAAGAUAACCUUUAUUUUUUAAUUAAAAAAUAAAUAUAUA